AUGAGAGCCAGCUGGAUGAAAGUUUUGCUUAUGAUCUUCAUUGUGGCCUCUGUGUCAUUAUACUUCUGCUCCAUUAAGAAGGAGAUCCACACCCAUUCGGAGAGACUGCAGAGGACUCACCACAAUGACUCCAUCAGGAGCCAGGGAAUGGGCAAUAGGAUGGAAAAGAUGGAAGCAGACAUCAACAAACUGCUCAGUUUGAUGAAUAAACUUGAAAAGAGGGAACCAGUGCCUGAGAGGAGGGAAGAGGUGAAGGAUGAGAGGAAGGUGGUGAAGAAGCUGUACCCGUACUCUGGUCUGUUCAAGAGGUGGGGUGAUGAUCUAUCAGAGGAGGAGCAGAAGGAAGCCGAACAGUUGUUUCACAGAUAUGGAUACAACGCCUUCCUCAGUGAUAGGUUGCCCCUCAACAGAGAGAUUCCUGACACCAGGCCUCCCAAGUGUGCUCAGAAAACGUAUCCAGAGGAUCUGCCGACCAUCACUGUUGUGUUAAUCUAUUUGGAUGAAGCUCUUUCAAUCAUCAAGAGGGCCAUACGCAGCAUUGUGGACAAGACUCCGGCUCGGCUGCUGCAAGAAAUCAUCCUGGUGGAUGAUCACAGCAGCAAUGAGGACUUAAUGGAGCAACUGGAUGAGUACAUCAACUUUAUCCACGAGGACCGCCCAGGCCUGGUGAAGAAGGUGCGGCACUCUGAGCAGCUCGGCCUCACCCAGGCCAGACUGUCAGGUUGGAAGGCAGCUGUAGGAGACGUGAUUGCCAUCUUGGACGCUCACAUAGAGGUCCAUGUACAGUGGGCAGAGCCAUUACUAGCUCGGAUUAAGGAGGACCGCACUGUGAUACUGACGCCUGUUUUUGACAAAGUCAAUUACGAUGACCUGACACUGACUCCCUAUGGUUCUGCGGCCCAUGGUUUUGACUGGGCUCUCUGGUGCAUGUAUGAGUCCUUCGGACCCGAGUGGUACACCCUAAAAGAUGAGUCGCAGCCUGGCAAGAGCCCCUCAGUGAUGGGGAUACUUGUAGCUGAUCGCAAGUUCUUUGGAGAGAUCGGAAGCCUUGAUGGUGGAAUGAAAAUAUACGGCGGGGAAAAUGUGGAGCUAGGCAUCCGGGUGUGGCUAUGUGGAGGAAGCAUUGAAAUUAUACCUUGCUCUAAAAUUGCCCACAUUGAACGAGCAUCGAAGCCUUACCUCCCAGACCUGAGUGUCAUGAUGAAGCGUAAUGCACUGAGGGUAGCAGAGGUGUGGCUGGAUGAAUAUAAACACAAUGUCAACAUUGCAUGGAACCUUCCACUUGAGAAUCAUGGGAUCGACUUCGGGGAUGUGUCAGAGAGAAAGAAGCUCAGGCAGAGGCUAAACUGUAAGCCCUUUAAGUGGUAUUUAGAUAAUGUUUACCCCAUGCUGGACCCCCUGCAUGACCUACUUGGCUAUGGAGCUCUGAUAAAUGAUCUGACCCCAGAGCUCUGUAUUGACCAAGGCCCGACGAGUGGGAACACACCCAUUUUAUAUGGAUGCCACUUCUUUAUAACUCAACACUGUUUUUAUCGCACUGAUGGACAACUCUACAUUGGCGGGAUCAAAUCUCACAAGUACAACAACAAUCGCUGCCUGGUGGACCCUUUCAGUGGAAUCUACCCGGGACUGUACGACUGCAAAAUGGCCGAGCAGAAAAACUUUCACAUGCAGUGGGAUUUUAAACAGGGAGGACCCAUCCAGAACAGAAAAACAAAGCGAUGUCUGGAAGUUGCGAAGGAUGAAGUCGGCUUCUACAAACUUGUCAUCCAGCAGUGCAGCGGUCAGAGCUGGAAUAUACAAAAUGUAAUCAAAGAGCAGUAGGAGACUGCUGGGCAGGUCUCAGAAGAUUAUCAGAAGAGUAAUGAGUCAGCUCAAAAAUUGAGAGAAAAGUUGAAAGUUGUUGUUCUUUACAGCACCAACUUAAAAAAAUAAAAUACAGCACUUUUAAACUUGCAAGUCAUGCACUGAAGACACACACACACAAUGUCUAUCGAGACACACACACAGUGUAUCACAAAGGUGAGUAAACCCCUCACGUCUGCAUCUAUUUAAGUAUAUCUUUUCAGGGGACAACACUGCACUUUCACCUCUGCACCACCCAUUAAGCAGUUAAAUAAGAAGUAUUAGCUGCAAAAGAAGUAUUAGAGAUCCAACCAGUCAUGGCAGAUGGCUGCCCCUUCCUAAGCCUGGUUCUGCCAGAGGUUUGUUCCUGUUAAAAAAAGGAGUUUUUCCUCCCCACUGUCACCAAGUGCUUGCUCAUAGGGGGUCGUCUGAUUGUUGGGUUUUCUCUCUAACAAUGUAGGGUAUUUACCAUGUGAUCAACAUCCACUUCAUUUAACCUACUCUUUCAAUUAGCAGUCAUAAUUUAGAAUUCUUUAGAAUUCCAAAUAAAUAAGUGGAAGGAUUUUAUUAUUCAUGUAUCCAUCCAUCCAUAGAUGAAUUAUGACCAUAACUGUAAAA